AACCGCUUUACAAUCUCACGAGUUUUUGACCUUCAUCGCCAAAGCACUAGCUGCCACAUUCAUUUUUUGCUAUUGACUUUGAAUUUUUUUUAGUUCCCUUACUACCUUUUUAACUUUUCCUUAACAAUACUUUUUAUCAUUUUUACUUAACACCAAAUAUGCACACCUCUACUAUCUUUUUACUUACCCUUGGCCUGAUGUUUAUCUCAAGGGUACAAGCUAUUGUCGAACCUGAAUCAGAACUAACAGAGUUUUUCAAACGUUCUGAUCUCACGGAUGAUGAAGAUUGGGUAGAUUUAACUGCUGGAUUGAUGAUGCAAGCACCAGAAGAGACAUCUACUGGUUCAUCUUUACUUACUAAACGAGAUGGCGAUCACUUACGAAAACGUGAAACUACUUCGAUUUUACUUGAAAGGGAUAGCGAAACGGGUAGCGUUCUGAUUCCUAGAAGUUGGAGUGAUGUCAAGAAUCUUGUUAGUCGUAGUGCACCUCGCUUUAUCACUCAUCAUGUCAAACGUGGUACUCGUCACGUCGCUCGAUCAAUGCGAGUUAUAAUCACUUGGUAUAACGGUCACGAUUUACUCAACCCAUCCUGCCUCUCAAAUGGUAACAGUUGGGCACCUACAGAUAGCUCAAUGGUAGGAGCAGUGACAAUUGCCUGGUCAACCAAACCACCAUGUGGAGAAUUUGUGAAAAUCAGACACUCUAACAAAAAGAAUAAAUAUGUGAUUGUUAGAAUCUUAGAUUCAUGUGGUGGUUGUCUAGCCGGUUCAGCUCAUAUUGAUCUAACUACUGGAGCUUUUCAAAAAUUAUAUGAUUUAGAUGUUGGUAAAGUUUAUGGAUUACAAGCUAAGAUUGUUAAAGCACCUAAAUCACAUAAAUGGUCACAGGCUGAUGUUGCUAAGUAUGGUCCUAAGAAGCUUUAAACCCUUCUUUCUACCUCACACACACACCUGUAACCCAUAUCCAUCUCUUAUCAUUUUCCAAACUAUUUUCGAUCUUAUAAACCCUGUGAAUAAGUUACUGUUUUAAAUACAAUGUAUUUAUCAUUUCUCUUUAUUCUGGGUUUUAUCAUUUAUUUUUCAUUUUUGCUUCAUUCAUCAUUAUCACAUUCCUUUUUUUCCUUUCUCAACUUUUUGGUUUUUUUUCCUUCUCAUUUGAUUACUUCCUUAUUCUUUUUUUUUUUGGCUUAUUUAUGUUUCUUUGUUGUUGAACUACAAAACAACUUAAACUUGUUUUUUUUUAUUAUUACUUGAUCGUCAGGACGAUAUUUAUUUUUCGAUUGCCUACUAUCAUUUUUUAUAUUAUUUAACAAUCUUAACAGAAAAUUGAAUUUGAUUCCCAUAUCCAACUUGAUUUUCAUUUUUCCUGAG